UGUGGGGGGUGGGGGGGUUGGUGGCGGUGCCUUCAGUGGUGAGAAUCCGCCCCGCGCGCCUUGCGGGGAAGGAGGUUUUUAUUUUUCUGUUAUUAUAUUUUAAUUUUAUUUAACCUUUUUUUUCUCUUAAAAAAUUUUUUCGAGGUUUUUAGUUUACGAAAACAACCCCCCCCCCCCCGCGCAAAUCUUGGUAACGAUGAGUUUCUCGGGCUGCCCGCACGUGAACAGCUUCAAGCAGGAGCCGUGGCGGCAGAGUGUGCGCAUGCUGUACCAGUGGUUCGUGUGGUGUGGACCCGUGGACGCGAGGCGGCGGAAGGCCCGUUCGUGCGUGUGCCACUUGUGCGGCGCCCACUUUGGCCGCCUGCACGCCUGCCUGCACUGCAUCUACUUCGGCUGCUUUGCGCGUCGCCACAUCCACGAGCACGCGAAGGCCAAGCGUCACCCUCUGUCGAUGGAUCUGUACCACGGCACGGUGUUCUGCCUGCUGUGCCAGGACUACGUUUACGACCGAGACCUGGAGCUCGUGUCUCGGGAGGAGCAACGGCGAGCGUGGAGGCUGCAAGGCUUCGGAGAUCGCUACAUUGGCUGGGAACCCUCACGCCGAGAGCUCGAACUCCUCAAGCAGAACCCCAAGCGGCGGAAAAUAUCAGCAAAUUGCACCGUCGGUUUGCGUGGGCUGGUGAACCUGGGCAACACGUGCUUCAUGAACUGCAUCGUGCAGGCGCUCACGCACACGCCUCUGCUGCGAGACUUUUUCCUGUCGGAUCGCCACCGCUGCGGCAUGCCCAGCCCCGAGGCCUGCCUCGUGUGCGAGAUGUGCCGCCUGUUCCAAGAGUUCUACUCGGGGUUCCGAUCGCCGCACAUUCCGUACCGGCUGCUGCACCUCGUGUGGACGCACGCACGCCACCUCGCCGGGUACGAGCAGCAGGACGCCCACGAGUUCCUCAUCGCCGCGCUCGACGUGCUGCAUCGACACUGCAAGGGUGAUGCCAAUGGGAAGAGGUCAAACAACCCCAACCACUGCAACUGCAUCAUUGACCAAAUCUUCACUGGUGGCCUGCAGUCUGACGUCACCUGUCAAGUGUGCCAGGGCGUGUCCACCACCAUAGACCCCUUCUGGGACAUCUCCCUUGACCUCCCGGGCUCCUCUUCACCUUUCUGGCCGCUCAGCCCCACAGCUGAGAGCGGAAUACCCAACGGAGGGGGGCCUCUCAUCCCUGCGGGGCCGACCACCCUCAACGACUGCUUGCGCAGGUUCACCCGGCCGGAGCAUCUUGGCAGCAGUGCCAAGAUAAAAUGCAACGGCUGCCACAGUUACCAGGAGUCCACCAAGCAGCUCACCAUGCGGAAGCUGCCGAUUGUCGCCUGCUUUCACCUCAAGAGGUUCGAGCAUUCUGCCCGGCUGCGGAGGAAAAUCUCCACCUACGUGUCCUUUCCGCUGGAGCUCGACAUGACGCCCUUCAUGGCUUCCAGCAAGGACAGCAGAGUGAACGGCCAGUACCAAACGGGAGAGAGCACCAAUGAAAACAAGUACUCUCUGUUUGCGGUGGUGAACCACCAGGGCACGUUGGAGAGCGGCCACUACACCAGCUUCAUCCGUCUGCACCGCGACCAGUGGUUCAAAUGCGACGACGCCGUCAUAACGCGCGCCAGCGUCACCGAUGUGCUCGACAGUGAGGGCUACCUGCUGUUUUACCACAAGCAGAUCCUGGAGUACGAGUGACGCUUCUGCGGCACACGUGGGUGGGGGGGGGUGAAGUGUUGCCCCCCACUCCCCGCACUGAUUGACAAGGCUCCCGGCCCAAACGCCUCCCCCCUUGCUAGUGCUCGCGAGCUGCAUGUCCCACGGAGACCUCUUGCACCGCCGCCACACCGUCAUUUCAAUGUGGACCCCUGCAGCUGCUGCCUACCCCCUGAGCAGUCGCAUGCAUAGCGGAGGAAAAUACGAGCCAAGCACGCUGCUGCUGCUGCACCACCAUCAGCUCCUCAUGUCUGCAAUGUCUGUUAUUUUUUUAACAGAGAUUUUUAUUUAAAAGUAAAUGAUCUGUGAGACACGGUUGUAGCGUCCUAGUCCCGAUCGCAAACAUCCGGCGCUCGUUGAAUUCGCAUCAUGGAUUACACCGAGGAGGCAGGGCCCCCUGGAUUGGUCAUGCGUGGAGCUUGCGAUGAGAUUCAUCGUUGUAGCAGCUCCUGCAAACCUUUGCGGGACAACCACCCCCGGUCGCCAACCGAUGCCCUGGGAACACCACCCAUUGCUCUUGAACGUGACGCGAUAACGCCUCACCGCGUUGGCAGCGACAGUUUGUACAUAUUUUUUUUUCCCCAACUAAAGCAUACUUUGAAGAUACUUGUGUUGAUGCCUUGUUUUGUAGUUUUUUCCAUUUCGGGGAUUUAAAUGUAUAAGGAAGAGGGGUCGUUUUUCGUGCUCGUGGUGCGCACGCGCGUAGAUGGAAUGCACUUUCUCCCUCGGGUGAUAUAAUGAAGUCCGUGGACGCAAGUGUAAACUUGGUGGCUUUUGAAUGGACACCUGCAUGUCACGAUUUUUAAAGGCAGAUAUGCUGCGUUCUCCUGUAGGCUGUGAAUUAUUAUCAAGGUCACUUCGUUGGCAAAAAACAAACAAACGUUUAAGUUUGUCGAAGGGAGAUUUUUUUUUAAGAAUCGUAAAAUCUGCUCUGCACCCUACAGUACUGCGAUUGACUGAAGUUUUAACUUCAGCAUUAAGUGUUGAAUAAUUGUCGUAUUAAAGCUGCUUGUAACCUGCAGUUGCUCAACAGGAUCACUAAUCGUACGAGCAUGGAGUGAUGCCAGGCGUACGCUUGCACGUCCCCAUCAAAUCCGACACGAUGCCUUCGCGUUUGACUCGAUCGAGGCUCUGGGAAGUUCCCUACAGAUUUGAAGCUUUCGUGACUGCAAGGAUUCAUGCUCUUAGGUUUUUUCGGUAAAGUCACGUAGGUAAAAAAAUACAAUUUAAAUUACUUGAUACAGCAAUCGUGCUGCGACGGUUCCACCUGAAGACGGAAGCUUGUGUUGCCUCUGAAAUGUCGUGAUUAUUUUACUUUUAUUAAUUAAAUUUUUUUACCUACGUGACUUUACCGAAACAACCUAAGAGUAAGUUCCCUACAGCCCCUCCACCAAAAGAAAAAAAAUUACUUUCGAGCCAGCAACACACCCUACUCAAAUCUUGUGGAGGUAAUUCAAUGUCCCCCAGGUUAACUUGUUUCUAAACACAUACAAAGCGUACGUGUGUGUGUGUGGCUUACAAGACCUGGGGAGAGUCAUGUUGGGUUUGUAAAGAGGCGGGUUAAGCGGCUGCUGGACUAUGGUGCCAUUUACAAGUCCAAGUGUCAGGUUUGAAAUUAUACUAUUGUGCAUAUGUAUAUACACACAGUACUGGAUAUAAAUGUGUAAUGUGAAAAAAGUUGUCUUCAGUUGAGAACAGCAUAUUCAAAGUAUGCACCGGGAUUUGUUUUCAGAUAUUGUAACUGCCAAUUGCCAUUUCACGGUAAAUUUAUUAUAAAAAUAUACUAUUUGGUGCAGCUCCCACUAGUAUGGUUUCCUCUAAUUGUUACGAUUACAACUUCUUUCAAGUGUCAAUUCAUGUGCAGGCUGAUAAAUUGAGGGAAAAAAAGUGUAAAAUGAGGUCCAGUACUUUCUGCAAAUAUGAUGGUGAAUGUCAUUCCACCUUGCCAGUGGGCGCCCUUGACACUAACGCGUCGCGACUUUUUGCCGUUUCACAAGUGUGCUCGACCGCGUGUUGGCAACGUUGUUCAACAAUGUCACGUUCGACCUGGUGGGGGCACUUGUUGGUAUAUGACUCCUGGAGAGAAGUGUUCACCGUCUGAACCCAGAAGUGUUCACCGUCUGAACCCGAUGUCUCUUUGACCCCCCCCCAGCCAUCCCCUGUCCCCCGACAUCCAGUCCCCAAGAUUGGGGAAUGAACGGUUUUGCCGAGAAUUGAAACUCGAAUCGGCCAAUCUUCAUCUCGGUGUUAAAGCCAUGGGGGGGAAAAAACACCGCUGCUUUUUGUUAACGUUUAUGUAAACAAAAAUGUAAAAAGGGUGAAUUGCAGCAAUCUUGGCAGCGCACUUAAGUGGACCCCCUCCCCCCAAUGUUAAAUUUGACACGUGGCACACGUGACACAGAGGACAGAAGUCCUGUUUUAGGUUCUGCUAAUGUACACUUGUUUUGAGACUCAUUUAAAUGUGCCGGCACGUGCAACAUCAGUCUUUAAAAAAAAUUGAUGACAGACCACUGAGGGGAGUUCUUGGGAUGUGGUGAUAACUUGUGUUGUGGCUCUCCAAAUGUCCCAACUACGGGUUGCGUUGGUUGCCUGUCACGCAACCUCGCCAAUUGAGAUCCCCCCCCCCUCAAAAAGUCAUAUGCUGGGCAUCAAGUAGAUGACUAAAAUACAUGCCUUUUGGAAUGAAGUGUUUGACAGAUUUUUAAACACGUAUUAAAAUAAAGUGACGGUCAUAGUUCUGUAGAGUUUUUUUUUCCCAUCUUGUUGCUGUUUUACAUCGCGAUUGCCUUACGGACAGCCCCUCCCGCCGAUUUAUUUACCUCCAGAAAUGUAAAUUUUAAAAAACAUUGACUCCUACAGCACUUGCGGUGUUCACGAGGGGGCUGUAUUGUUUUUGUUGUUGUUCAAGCAAUCAAAAUAAAUUCGUCUGCUCCCUCAACACUGAA